AUGUCGUCUUCGAACCAAAACGUCGAUAGCAUCGACGCCCUCCUCGACUUCAGCGAGUAUGACAACAUGUCUUAUCAGUCCCCCUCGCUUUCUCCCGCAGCCACCGCAAAGAACACCUUCACUCGCCCAUCAGUUAGCACCGUCGCGACCCCGACUAUGCCGUCAGCAUCACAACCUCUCACUGGCCCUAGCCACCAGUAUGAUCUGUACAAGCAGCAGACUGGCAUCGUUCCUGGCGCUUUAGCCAGUACUUUAGCCGUAAAUGAAGCCAACUCUCACAUCAGCGGCUACAACAGUGGCUACGGAAUGGAUUACUUGGGCAACGGCCUAAGCCCGGAGAACGAUAUGUUUGACUUCAACACCUCUCCAUCCCAGAACUCUACCGGCUUGGACAUGGAUAUUGAGUUCGACUCGCCUCCGGAUUCUCAGUACUUCUUCCCCAAUACCACCGUUAACCCCACCGCCAUCAGCGGACAGGAGUCUCCCGUCGUCCCUUCUCAGCAGAGCAACGUCGGCAGACUCUGGCCCGGCAUGCACUCUCAGGCUGCUCUCGCAAAGGCUCAGGCCCAGCAAAGGCAACAGCAGCAAAUCAUCCAGCAGCAGCAGCAGCGCCAGCAGAUGGGCCAAAAGCAGCGCACCAAGAGCCAGCAGCCCACUGACCCCAUUGUCGAGCAGAAGAUCACUCAGCUCCUCAACUCCAUGCGCGCGAAACCCGCUCAGGAGGGCGAUAGCCCGACUCCUCUGAUGAAUCUGCCCCGAUGCAAGAAGGAUGAGGAGGACAUGGAUGAGGACGAGAGACUCCUCGCUAGUGAGGAGGGCAAGAAGCUCAGCAGCAAGGAACGCCGCCAACUCCGCAACAAGGUGUCCGCCCGCGCCUUCCGCUCCCGCAGAAAGGAAUACAUCACUCAGCUUGAGGCCGAGAUUGCCAACAAGGUUUCCGAGAACGGCGACCUCCGCCAGCACAACCGUGCCCUCCAGGACGAGAACAAGCGCCUCCAAGACCUCACCCGCAUGCUCCUUGCCUCUCCUUCUUUCUCUAACUUCCUCGACCACUUGAGCACCAACCCCCAGGCCGCCCCUCAACAGCAACAAGCUCCUGCUGUCAAGGUUGAGAGGCAACCCGAGCAGCGUCAAAUUCCCAAGGACAUCAACCCCUACGCGAACCAGACCCAGCAGCAGCAAAUCGGCAUGGCCAUGGUCCCUGAGCAGAACAUGGACUUUUCCAUGCUGAACAUUGACAAUGACGCCUACAACUUCCAGCCGCAGGUUUUCGCUGUCCUCGAAACUCCAGAUGUUCCCGUUACCAUUGAUACCAACGUCCUCUCUGGAAAGUCGUCCAACUUCGUUGGCGAGCAGUUCGAGUCCGAUGACGAGAAGAUUGAGCUUCCCACUGUCGAGGCUCCCAAGGUCCUGGCCCCUGAGGUUCCAACUCCGGCUCCUGCCGCUGAGGAGGUUUUUGAUGAUGAGUUCGAGAACGACCCCGAGUUCGCCCUCUACCACUCUGCUACAGCCCCUACCACCGAAUCCCCUGUCGAACUGGAUACUGAGGCCUUCUCACACGUCGAGGUCUUUGGUGGUGUCGAAGCCGAGAAGGUCCUCGCCCGCUAUGAAUUGAUUGACGCCUCGGAAGACGAGCAAAACGCCUGCGUCGCUAUGGCCAAGGUGCAACGCAUUGACGCAGCCAUGGAACCUGUACUCGCGAGACUGGAGUCGCUUUUCCUUUAA